AUGAGAUAUCUUUGCAAUCUCAACGUCUACAUCACGGUCGAAGCCGCAACCCUCAUCGGACUCACCUUGAUCGCCCUCACUUCAUACCUCUACACCACAAUCAUGAUGGCGAGGAGAAGAAGAUCUGGCGCCGCGAAGCUCGCUGGCUCGGGUGCGGCUCCCGCGAAGAGGGAUUCCGACAACAGGCCGGAGAAUUCCCCCUACGGCAGCCCCGCCUGCACCGUCCCCUUCGCCAGCCCGCUCAAUGUGCCGCUGGACAUCCUCAGGAAGAGCCCCAAGCUCCAUGCCGCCUAUGAGAGCCGCCUCCCGGAGCUCCCGACCAUUCCCCAGGACGUCGGCCAUGUGCUCGUCCACUACCUCCACACCGGCACAUACAGCUCGCUCAAGCCGAGGCCGACAGAGACCAUGUCUAAGCAGGUAUGCGAGCUCAAGACCAGCAUACAGGCGUACGCCGCCGCGAGGGCAUACGAUCUCCCGGAUCUGAUGCGCCUUGCCGAGGCCAAGAUCGACAAGUUCGGCAGGAACCUGCCUCUCCCCACCCUUCUUGAGGUGGCCCGGGAUGCGUACCCGUCCUUGACCGAGGGGGACGCCUGGUUCCUCGACUAUCUCCGGGCCCGCAUCCGCCCCCACCUCAAGGACCCACAAACGUUGAUGGGGUCGAACCUGCUCGACCAGAUCAGCGGUAUCCUCUCGCCCAACCGGGUUCUCCUCCGGACCGUUCUCGAGCUGUUCUGCGAGAGGAUCGCCGUCCGGCCCGACUCUGCCCCCGCCGCUGGCGCGAGCGCCAUCGCGAGCCCCGUCACCAGCCCGGGCAGCUCCAGGCCCGUCACCCCUCUCACCCAGCCGCCUGCCUCGCCCAGGUCGCUCCUCGAGAUGAGGUCGAGAUCCGUCGUCCGCGAGGACGUCACGCCUGUUCGCAAGAACAAGAAGACGGCGCUGGGGCAAUCCCUCGACAACCCAUCGGAGUCGUCCAUGUCCCCUGAGCCGGAGACAGCCCCUCCCACGUUUGAGGUGAAGCCGGUGCCCGAGCCGACCCCCGCGGCCGCGCCGUACCCGGAGUUGGGACCCGUCAUCUUCGACGUCAUGCCCUCGCCGCAGCCCCCAAUCAAGUCGGCGGCUGUGCCUGAACUCGGUUCCGGGGCCGAGGCCAGGUCUUUCCCUGACUCGGAGCUCGUCAACAUCGCCAUCGAGCCCGAGACCAAGGUCGAGUCUGAGGCCCAGCCUGAGUUCAAGACCGCCGUUGAGCCCGAGGUUGAGCGCAUCUCCGAGCGCGAGGUCGACAUUGCCAUCGAGCCUGAGACCAAGGUUGAGGAUGAGGCUGAAGCCAAGCCUGCCCCCGAAUCCGAACUCAAGAUUGCCAUUGAGCCCGAGGUCAAGGCUGAGGUUGAUGACGAGGCUGAGCCUGAGGGUGGGGUUAGGCUUGUUGAGGACUCAAAGGAAGAGGCCUCUGCUGAGGUUGUCGAGGCUGCGGUCAAGGCUGCUGUCGAGACUCCUCUUGAGGCCCCUGUCGAGACCGCUGUCGAGACCACUGUCGAGGCUCCGGUCGAGGCUGCCGUGGAGGGGCCCGUUGAGGUCCCCCGUGACAUCCUUGUGGAGACCGCCGCCGAGGCUGAGACCAAGAAGGAGGAGGAGGCUGUCCCCGAGGAGGUCGCCGUUGUUCAGCGGGAGCGGAAGGAUUCCGGCAAGGGUAUCGACCUGGAGCCUCUCCCCAAGGAACUCGAGGCUAUCCCCGAGCACGUGCCCGAGGUCGAGGUCGAGUCUAAGGCUCAGCCUCAGCUUCGGCCUGCGGUGUUUCGGGAGGCUGACUCGGGUUUCUGGGACGGUCCCGAGGUUGACUCCGCAAAGGAGCCCGCUCCCUCGGUCGUCGAGCUCGAGUCCACGGCUGAGCUGACUUCCGAGCCCGCCCACGAGCUUGACGCGACUACCGGCCCGAAGGACGCCCCUGGCAUCGACACCCGCGACUUCGCUGGCGCCGACGAGGAUGUCAAGAACGACGCUGACAAGGACGCCGAGGUCGAGGUUGUUGACGCGCCGAAGGAGACCGUCCCCGAGACCGUCCCCGAGACCCUCUCCGCUCAGGGAGAAUCCUCGGAGACACUCGUCGACACCCCGGCUAAGGACCUCGAGUCCGAGCCUGAGCUUGCACCCCUGCCGAUCAAGUCGGUCGAGAGGGCCCCGGAGCAGCUUGACGACGCUGCGAGCCUUGCGCCCGAGAUCACCCCCGCCCAGGAGCAGACUGAGAUGGACAAGAGCAAGGAAGUCGAGGCACAGCCGGAGCCAGAGAAGGUUCAGGAGGAGACCGUCGAGCCUGAAGUGGUGGCGAAGCAAGAGUCCGAGCCCCAGGCGUCCUCGUCGGACACUGUCCCUCUUUCCGACGAUGCUGAGCCCGCUGGGCCCGCUGACGCCAAAGCGACUGAGCCCAGCGUCGAGCAGGGGUCGGAGCCCGCCGCGAAGAAGGGACUCCAGCGCGCCAACACCGACUCGGCCCUCCUCGCCUCCAGCCGUGGAGCUGACACCGUCGAAUCCGCGCCUGCUGUCGGGGCCGAGUUCGUUCCGGAGCAGGAAGGCGCAAAGGCCGAGGCGGAUGCCCAGCCCUGCAGCGCUCAGGUGAGGCAGCGGGGCUGGAAGAAGCGGUUCCUGAGCCUCCGGUACCCGGUGCUCUUCGGCCGGGGCAUGUGA